AUGGAAAGUGGAGGUGUCUACUUUGGGAUCUUUGUUUUCUCCUUCAACGAGCUCAAAGAGGCAACCAACAAUUUUGAUGAAGCUAUGAAGUUUGGAGAAGGAGGACCGGAGCCAACCUCGAAGGUGGUGGGAAGAAUCGAGGGUUUGGUUGCAGGAACGUUGCAGAGGGAGUUUAUCUUGUUGGUGGUUCUGAACUUCGUGUUAACCGAAGGGAAGUACAAUGGGAGUACCAUCACUGUGUUGGGGAGGAACCGCAUCACCCAAAACAUCAGGGAGAUUCCGGUAAUUGGAGGCACUGGAGUGUUCAGAUUUGCCACGGGAUAUGCAGAGACUAAUACCAUUUUUCUUGAUCCAAAAACGAGGUCUACCAUUGAAUACAACAUUUAUGUUUCCCACUACUUUUGA